GUCCAAUAACCAUUACGGUCAUGAUCUGGACUAGAUAAACAUCUUGAUCUUGACAUUCCGCAAGACAGGCCAGUCCAUCGAUUCUGUUCUUUCACUCUCGAGGCUCGACUUAGAUUGCGAAAAUCCCCGACCUUUACGUAUCUAAGGACGCGUCUUAGGCAAAGCAGUUGUAUCCCAGUCCUUGCCUAUUCGAGGAGACACCAACUGUGGUAAAUCAUGCCGGCGAUAAUUGAACCCCAUGAUGAGUUCAUGGGCGCUGUCCAGCAGAUUAUUCUGUCAUCAUCCGAGACAGAUUACAUCGACCAGUUGAUACCGGUGAUGCGAGAUCUCAGAAACUCAGAGCGUGCUGGCCAUCUGAUUCAGGCCCUCAACCAAGUCUCGAACGACCGACAAGCCGAGAUCGAGCGUAUCUGCAACACCAAUCAUCAGGAAUUCAUCAACUCAGUCAAUCAGCUCCAACACGUCCGACAAGGUACUGUCGACUUGACCGCCGAGAUUAUGAGCCUCAGCCAGUCAAUCGAAGCUAGUACCGAGAAACUCGCAGAGCAGAAGAGAGCCUUGGUUGAUUCCAGAGGUGUCAGGCAGAACAUUGAUGACGCCACUCAAGCAUUGAAAGACUGCCUCGAAGUUCUGCGGCUGGCAAACCAGGUACAUGACCUCCUCCAAGAGAAGAAUCGCUAUGCAGCACUUCGGGCCUUGGACGAGCUGCAGAACGUUCACCUGAGAGAGGUCACCCGCUACAUGAUUGCUGGCAUGAUUGAGCGCUCUGUACCUGCAACCCAGCGCCUGAUAGCUGAGGCUGUCAUGGCAGACCUGAACACUUGGCUUUUCCGGAUCCGAGAGACUUCGCAAUUCUUGGGCGAGGUAGCAUUCUACCACACCGAGAUGCGUCGCACCAGACACAAGAUGAGGUUCGAGGAGAAUCCAGAUCUAGCCAACUUCAAACUCAACUCAGCAGUGGAAGCCGUUGCCGACGAGAGCGAAGAAUUUGAUGUGCUGAACAACGAGGAAGUACAGGUUGACUUCUCUCCUCUCUUUGAAGCAAUCCACAUACAUGACGCUCUGGGCCAAAGCGAGAAGUUUCGUCAAGACUACUCGGCCACCAGAAGGAGGCAGAAAGAACUGCUCUUGCCGACGAGCCUCGAUCUCCUGGACGAAGACGCAGGCGAAUUGAGUACUCUGCUAGAGAGCAUUGCUGGCUUUGCCAUCGUCGAGAAAGCUACGAUGUUGAAAACAGAGAAUUUGAGGUCGUCCGCGGAUGUUGAUGAGUUGUGGGACUCGAUGUGCCAAAGUGCCAUCACGUUGGUCAGCAAGUCGUUGCCAGCUAUUGACAACGACGAGAGACUCUUGAAGAUCAAGGGCGUCAUUGCGCUCUUCGUCCAGACUAUGGGAAGUUGGGGCUAUUCUGUGGAUAGUCUCGACAAGUUACUCCUUACGAUUUUCGACAAGUACGCGCAGUUGCUCAAGCAGAGGUUCAGCGAAGAUUUCCAGGAGAUUGUGUCGACUGACGACUACAUGCCUAUGCCAAUCAACAACCCCGACGAGUACGAUAAGGUUAUCAACGUCAGCUGGUAUACGCCAGAGAAGGAUCGUGAGCAGCAAAACUUCCCCUGUGUUCUUCCCUUCUCCCAGAUGUACCCCCUUUGUUGCAUCGACAUCCGGAACUUUCUAAACCAAAUCUAUCUGUUCUCUGACGAUCACUUCCAAAACACUGGAGUCAUCGACGACACACUAAAAAGCUCGUUGGACGAUUUACUCUGCCACAAAGUGUGCCAGUCACUCGUCGAAAGGCUAUCAUCACAGUACCCCGGUCAAAUUGUGCAAAUCCUGACCAACCUCGAUCACUUCGAAACAGCAUGCCGAGAGCUGCAAGACUUGCUCGCAGAAGCCCGCUCGUCGAGCAGCGCAGCCGGGCCUAUCGUGCUCGCGGCGACAGAAGAAUUCACAACAGCCAAAAAGGCGGCAGAGAAGCGCAUCUUCGAACUCGUCAACAGCAAGAUCGACGACUUGAUCGAGACAGCCGAGUAUGACUGGAGCUCCACCUAUGAGCCAUCAGCUGCUUCGCCUUAUAUGCAGGAAUUGACACGCUACUUGUCGGACGUCAUGUCCAGUGUGUUGCUCGGUCUGCCCGUGCAGAUCAAAGAGCUCAUUUACUUUGACGCCCUGGCACAUAUCAGUAACGCCAUUCUUGCACUACCGUUGGACCCCUCCAUCCGUCGACUCUCGCCUCAGAGUGUCACAGCGUUCCGCCUUGACUCGGAGCAUUUGAUCGAGUUUGUCCGCAGCCUCGACAACCCCGUGCUCAUGGAGGGCCUUGACGAGCUACGCCAAACAGUUGAGCUCAUGGCUGUGGCCAAAGAAGGUGAGGGACGCGCAGAAGAAGAGUUCUUCGACGUGGAAAAGGGACGCAAGAGGUUUGGGAAGGUGGACAAGAUGAGUGGAGCCGAGCUGCUUGAGAAGGUCAGUCAGGGAGUCGAGGCACAGAAGGCAGCUGCGGUCGCCCAAGCAGCCAGCCCAGUGGCGGACAAGAAGUCGACCAUGAACUUCCCAGCCUUUGCGAGCAGAUUCAAAAAGGACAAGGAUGCAUCAUAGACAGUUGGUCACAGGCACAUUAAAGUAGAGCAGAAGCAGGAUACCCUUAGAUAGAAGUGAUCAGAGUUUAGUGGAUUCAUCAAAAAGAGCCUCAUUCGUCAAGGCAGAAUAUUUUACUUUGUACAAGAAGUGGCAGGAAUAGCCUUUUGGUAGUAUUGCAGAAGUCGAAGCCGCUGGCUGUCCUGCAUCUCGUUGGGCCUUUCUCGUAAACGCUCAACACAACUUCACGCCUCGUUCGUCUAUCGUACAGUGUCGGGCCAGCUUAUUCUGCUUAGAUGGCGAGAGGAGAGAAGAGC